AUACAUUCCACUGUCGGACAGUAUUCGUGUAGCACAAGCGGAAGUAAACAGAAAAAAGGCGUUAUGUGCGAGCUAAUUGAAGCAGGCACCUUCAAUUGUAAUGACGCAACAAUGUCUUCAGUUGAGUAUUUGAGAGGGUUUGUCAGCGAGAGACUAACUGCUGCUGCUGAAGAAAUAUUAGGAGUUUUUGAGAAAACUAUCGUCGAGUACGAGAAAGAGAUCGACCGUCAGCGCAGACUGUUGGAUAUAGCUUGGAAACCGGAAGUUAACUUACACAGGAUAGAGCUCCCACAGCAAGAUGUGUGUAAGGAGGAGGAGGUUGUCGCUGAGCAGCAGCUCUGUAUUGAGGAGAGGAGCUCCAGUGUGGACCAAGAGGAGCCAGAGCCUCCACAGAUUAAAGAGGAAGAGGAGGAAGUGUGCAGCAGUCAGGAGGGAGAGCAGCUUGAAGUGAAGCAGGAGACUGAGACCUUUCUAGUGACUCCUCCUCAUGAAGAUCAGACUUCGAACUUGAGCAUCGAUGAACCUCAAAAUGUGCUGGAGGAAAACCUUAUAAACUACAUUUUUGUUAACAGCUCUGUCACACCAGAGCUAAUUAGCGACCACUAUCUCCUCUCUCACAGCUCUCAUGAAGUUGAGAGUCCCGAUCAGGAAGGAGACGAGCAAGGAGACUCAACGUCAACUAGAGAAGCAGAGCUAGAACAACAGGGUCAACAUGACAAAAGCAACCUGUCAGAGUUUCACCAUAACACAUUUGUGACAUGUGACAUUUGUGGGAAAGCUUUCAGGUUUAAGUCUCGCUUGAAUAUCCACCUGAGAAUCCACACAGGAGAGAAGCCGUUUGCAUGCAAGGUAUGUGGGAAAUCUUUCAGACUUAAUGACCACUUGAAAGGCCACAUGAAAACCCACACAGGUGAAAAGCCGUAUUCCUGUAACAUCUGUGGGAAAAGAUUCAGUCAGAUAUCAUCAGUGAACAUCCACAAAAGAGUCCACACAGGUGAGAAACCAUUUUCAUGCAAAACAUGUGGCAAAGAUUUUCGAUAUAAGAGUCACCUGAUCGGCCACAUGAGAACCCACACAGGAGAGAAGCCGUUUCAGUGCGACACGUGUGGCAAAGCUUUCACACAUAGCGAUUACUUGAAGCAACACCUGAGAACCCACACAGGUGAGAAGCCAUAUUCUUGCAGCACAUGUGGGAAAAGAUUCUAUCGGACACCAGAUUUGAAAGUUCAUAUGAGAAUGCACACAGGUGAGAAGCCGUGUUCUUGUAAAAUAUGCGGUAAAGAUUUCAGACGUAAUAGUAACUUGUUAGUCCACAUGAGAAUCCACACAGGUGAGAAGCCGUACUCUUGCAAAACAUGUGGAAAAGCUUUUGGAAGUAGUUAUAACUUGUUAGUCCACAUUGGAAGAGCCCACACUGGUGAGAAGCAUACGUUUGCAAGAUCUGCGGGAAAAGAUACUUUGAUGAGUCUCAAUUGGCAAAGCAUGUAAGAUCACAUACGGGCAAGUAGCCUUCUAUGUAUAAAAUAUGCAGGAUAUUUUAUAGUUAUAUUUGUAUAUGCAUGAAUGCAAUAUAAAUGUUGUUUCUGGGUUUCGAGGUGACCACAAAUAAUAAUUGUGGAUGAGCUACUUCAUGGUGCUGUCAACAGAUCAGCUUAUGCAGUUGUAAUGAAUUGUGCAUGAACACUAAUAAUAUGUGCCCCAAGAGACAUGGGCAACAAAAUGGUGUUGUUUUGUAAAUCUCGUGUGUAUUCUGUCAAUAAAGCCUUGUUUGGCGAUGAUUUCAAUUAAGAAAACAUCAAGGGUUCGAUUACU